UUUAAUGUGCCAUGAUAUGGACACGAAAAACAUGAAAUUUUCUUGAAUAUUCAUGUCUGAUCUUCAUGUCUAAUUAAAAAGACUGGUCUUUGUUCUUCAUCCAACAUUUGACUUCACUCUCAAAGUUUUGUUUUCCGGUUUUUUCGCCGUUACGAUGCGUCGAAUAGUUUUUCUCACUUUAGGAUUUGUUGUUUUAGCAUCGAGCUCAAGUGAAGAAGAUGUUUAUUCUAAUAUUGAAUUUCCACCAAAGUUUAAACCAUCUACGGACCCAAGACAACCAGCUGGUCAUCUAAAACCUUUUGGUUACCAAAGACCGCCAAAUGGCCCAGUCAUUGAGUACGACAAGCCGCUUCGACCAGAAAAGUUCUGGGAAGACCAUGUUAGUAAAAACCUUCCUCUUGUAUUUAGAGGAGGUAUCUCCGAGUCACCUGCAUUGACUAAGUGGACUGACUCUUAUAUUAAGGAAAAAUAUGGUGAUUUAGAUGUGUUAAUUGAAAAGAAGAAGGAGAAUCGUACUCAUGGGAUGACGAGCAGAAUGCUUCUUGGAGAUUUUAUUGAUCAGUACAGAAAGAAAGAUAUUUAUGUUGUUACUGUUAUGCCCGACCCCAUGCGAGAAGAGGUUCAGGUGGUUUCAAGUCUGUUGUGCGGCACAUUUGUGGACUAUCUUCAUGAGACAAACUUCUGGAUGGGAUCAGGGGGGACACGGUCUGUCAUUCAUUACGACGCUGAUCAUAACAUCCAUUGCAUGGUGGCAGGAAGAAAAGACUUCAUAAUGAUCAACCAAAAGUAUAGAAAAGAACUAAAACUUACAAAGUUCCCACAAUUUGGUUCAGGUUUUUCAAUGGUUGACCCUGAUGUCAUUAACCUUGACUUUUAUCCUGACAUGCCCAAUGUUGAAUGGACAUAUGCAACAAUCAAUGCAGGAGAUUGCAUUUUCCUCCCUUCAGGCUAUAUCCACCAAGUACGCUCAUAUGCACGCAGUAUCUCAGCAACCAUGCUCUUUACGGCAUCUAUCAAUAAUACAUUUGAACCUGUAGGAUGUGAGAAGGCCACCUUUGAAUAUACACCAAUGAGUAAAGUUAAAGUACAUUAUACAUAUAAGAAGGGUGACAGGCUCAUAGCAAUGGGAUUCAUGGGGCUGGAGAAGUUCAGAAAGGUGAUCAUCAAUUUUAUGAACGAAAGAAAAAUCGAUAAACUAACUGCACCAGCUUUUGAAGAAAUGAUAGAAGAAGCAUUCCCAUUAGAUGAACAUGACAAGCAAACGUUGCAACGUAAUCCACAAAAGCUGUUCAAAACCUAUCUUGACCGUGAAGGGAAGGGCUACCUGACAGUGGAAGACGUCAAGAAGAUACCACAAGAGGAUCUGAAGAUAGUGGCACUCAACAGUGAAUCAUCACAUGGGCCAGCAGCUGGUGAUCCUGAUGACUAUGGACUGGCUAGUAAAAAACGACAAGAUGAUGAUAAAGAACUGGAUGGUGGUGCAGGAGAAGAUAUGGAAGGAGAGGGAGAUGGAACUGAAAGUGAAGAUGAAGAUAAAGAAAAUGAAAAUGAAGAGGAAGAAAGGGAAAGAGAUGAAUUAUAAAACUUGUGCACAAUUUGGCAUGUYAUGUUUGUUUUUUCCUUACGCCACUUUUAAUAAUGUGCUUUCUUUAGACUCCCACCUCCAGCUGCACACAAGCCUACUGAAUUUGAAUAAUCACUGUAUAAAAAUGUAUUCCCCCCCCCUCUUCUAGAUGCAUAAAUAUUUGUGGCCUACCCUCUAUUCGCCCCCACUCCCCCUUUGAAUAAUGACAGGAGAAAAAUACAAAAUAUCAUUGCAGUCCCUUGAUAACUCAAUUUGCCAUUUUAUUUUAUCAACACAAUGCCAUCUUCUGCUUCUCACAUUCUAGAGAUAUGAACAGGAAGUGUAGAUAUGAAUUACUAAAUUUAAAUAAACAUAAAAUAAUUCA